GGACAGAUACGCUGCGGCCCAUUUAAGGUCACUCGCGUGGCGCGGCAUCACCUCGCUUCGAUGGGCUACGGCCCACUAGGCCUCCCGAGCCCACCAACCCUAGGGUUCUCUCCGGCGCCAUAAGACCAUCUCCUGUCCUCUCCCACUCCGCCGCCGCUGCUUACCGCCUAUCUCGCCAGCACCGCCGCAUCACCGAAGGUUCGCAAAGUGCAGAUGGCGGUGCCGCUGCUGACGCAGAAGAUCGUGAAGAAGAGGGUCAAGCAGUUCAAGAGGCCCCAUCUUGAUCGCUACAAGUGCCUUAAGCCAAGCUGGCGCAGGCCCAAGGGUAUCGACUCCCGCGUCAGGCGUAAGUUCAAGGGAUGCACCUUGAUGCCCAACAUUGGAUAUGGCUCCGACAAGAAGACCAGGCACUACCUUCCCAACAAGUUCAAAAAGUUUGUUGUUCACAAUGUCUCCGAGCUGGAGCUGCUGCUGAUGCACAACAGGACUUACUGCGCUGAGAUCGCCCACAACGUGUCCACCCGCAAGCGCAAGGAGAUUGUGGAGCGUGCUGCGCAACUGGACAUCGUGGUCACCAACAAGCUCGCCAGGCUCCGCAGCCAAGAGGACGAGUGAAAUGUUGAGUAGUUUUGAUUGUGCUCUGCUGGUGUUGAAGAUGUUACUGAGAUUGAUGUUCUUCUGUACCAUUUCUAUGCUUAUGAUAGACUUUUCAUAUCGACAAAAUUAUGCUAUGAGUGAAAAGAGUUAUGGGGAGUGCCAUCUAGUUUUGACCGGACUCCAUGCAGUGUGGAGCCUUGCAAGUAAUGAUAAUGAACCUUUGAGUCUCAA